GAAAGCCCCAGUAAGACGUCAACAAAAGAGUCUGUUGUUGAAUUAAGAUUAAGUCUGAUUUCUGUUCAUUUAAAAGAUGGGUGAAAGAAAAGGUGUGAACAAAUAUUAUCCUCCAGACUGGGAUCCUUCUAAAGGUUCUAUUAAUAACUAUGUGGGUCAACAUCCACUGCGGGAUAGGGCAAGGAAGCUUGGCCAAGGUAUUCUUAUUAUCAGGUUUGAGAUGCCCUAUAAUAUCUGGUGUGGAGGAUGUAAUAGUCAUAUUGGUAUGGGUGUUAGAUAUAAUGCUGAGAAGUCUAAGGCAGGAAUGUACUACACUACACCAAUCUAUAAGUUCCGCAUGAAAUGUCAUCUCUGUAAUAAUCACUUUGAGAUUCAGACUGACCCUAAGAACCAUGACUAUGUAAUCCUGGAAGGUGCAAGACGUAAAGAGCAAAGAUGGGAUCCAACAGAAAAUGGCCAGAUUGCUACAGAAGAUAAAGCUGUACAGAAGAAGAUGGUUACAGAUGCUAUGUUUAAGUUAGAACAUGGGUCAGAUGAUAUACAAAAGGGCAAGAAAGCAAAGUCAAAUAUUGGAUCUCUGGAGAUGAGAAGGGAUGAAUGGAAAGAUGAUUAUAUGCUCAAUAAACUAGCAAGACAAAAAUUCAGGGAUGAAAAGAAGGCAAUAAAGGCUGAAGUUGAUGGUGACAAUGAUUUACUGUUGAAAUCCUCCUUAGAUAUACCAUUACAAAAAGAGUCAGAGGACGAUGUGAAACUAGCUGGACUGAUCAAAUAUAGAGCUCUAGAAUCAUAUGAUGAGAGACAGGCUGAGAAGAGAAAGGAGAUUGAGAGUCGACCAUUGUUUGAUACUGGUAAUAAAUCUGCUAGGAUAGAAGUGACAUCUCCUAAUGAUAAAAAACUGGAUAUAAUUAAAAAACAUCUGAGAACUGCUAAAGCAAACAAUCAUUCUAGUCCAUUUGAUAGAACAAAAAUGAACACACUUGGGACUACCAUUAGCAAACAGUCGUUAGGAAUAAGGAAAAAAAGUCUUCCAAAGUUUACUAGUCCUGUCCAAAAUCUAUGUGAUAUAAAAGAUAAUUUUAGCAAAUCUGGAAAUGAUACAGAUACUGAGACUUAUGAUUGUAAUGAUGAUAGAAUGACUGACAAUAUUAAAUCAUUACAUGACAAUACUGCU